AAACUGAUUUAGAAUCUAACCCCCCUCUCCCUCCUCAUACGACAAUUGAAUUUACGAUAUUACCCUUCGAACACCCCAUAGUCCGAACACCACAACCAUUGACCUCAAUGUACGUCGUGCCCUUAGUGGGGCAGUUCAAAACCGCAGUUGAUGAACCUCUCUCUCUAUCGCUCUCGUCUGUUCAUUCUCUCUCACACACAUACACACAGUAUUCCUUUCUCUCUCUAGACUUACGAAAGCAAGAGAUGACAUGAGCAUAGAUAUGUUUGAGUUCAUAUUUGGAUGGAGAAAGGCUUCCAAGUGCAAGAAGCUGAUCAGGAAGGUUCAUUGUCGUUUGAGUCUGCUAAAGAACAAGAGAUGUUGUAUAGUCAGACAAAUCAGAAACGACGUCGCAGAGCUCAUUAAACAUGGUCACUACCAAUCUGCCUUCAAUCGGGUGGAUCAAAUCUAUAAAGACGAAUGCAUAGUCAAUGUAUACGACCUAUUGACAAAUUUUUGUGAAUUUAUUUCACUUCAACUUUCCUACAUUCGUCGAAACAAGGAUUGCCCAAAUGACAUUAAAGAAGCAAUAUCAACCCUAAUUUUUGCAUCAGCAAGAUGUGGGGACAUCCCAGAGCUUCUACAGAUACGAAAACUUUUCCGCAACCGUUAUGGGGAGCGGUUCGAGGCAACCGCUCUUGAAUUUGGUCCCGGAAAUCUUGUCAAUUCUGAGAUUAGAGAGAAGUUGUCUAUCACUAAGGUACCAAAUGAAGUGAAGUACAAAUUGAUGGAAGAGAUCACUACAAGUGUUCUACAAACAGGACCUUUGGCAUUUGAGUUUACUUCUGAGCUGCAUCGACAGGCAAGUAAAGGCAAUACUAAUCGAGAUCAUCAGGGCAUCGGAAACAAUCAGAUCGCACACGUUGACUUUGACCAUCUCGCCGGAGACAAUGAUCGAUCGAUAACUGAUCGUUUUGAUGCCGAAUCCGCAUCGGAAAAUUCAACUACUGAUAUGCCGGAAGAAAUUGUUUAUCUUGACGAUAUUGAGGAGUUCCAAUCUCCGUUGAACAAUGGUACAAAUGGAAAGGACCAAAGAGUUUUCGUGUUCAGAUCAUCUGUCGUCGUUCCCGUGGUAGAAAGUCGUAAAAAUCAUCGAUUUAUUGAAUUCGACUUCGAGAAAUCUGAAGGUUUGAGAAUCGAGACAAAAGGGUCAAGAAAAUCGAGGAAAAGAUCGGUCUCAUCAGAUAUCGAGUGCUCCGGCUACUACGGCAAAACGUCCCAACGCCGGAGAGCCAACAACGAGAACAGAAAAAGAUCAGCUAUGCAUUCCCCCCGUAUAUCUUCGCCAUUGUCAGGCCAUGAAAACAUUUUUGUUAAACAUAUUGGGGAAGUGGGUAAGUGUUCUAGAGCAAUAACUAUGCCUUCUAUGCGUUUGACAAAAUGUCUAGAAGAAAAUGUAGUGAGGUCGAAUUCGUUUCCGGUUCAACCGUCUUCGCCUCAUGUCCACCCGAAGCUUCCGGACUACGAUGAGUUAGCGGCUAAGUUCAUGGCUCUCAAGAAAGAGAACCUGCAAAAGCAGAAGUAGGAUUGGAGGUGAUGUUUAGACUUUAGACACGAGAACAUCGGAUAGAGUUGUUUACUUUAAUUUUGUGUUUUAAUUUAGUUUUAUGUUAGGUUUGUUGCAUUUGUUUAUAUUAUGAGAAAGAAUUGUCAAGA